AUGAGCGCCGAGAAGAGCAAGGUCGUCGGCGUCGAGCCGACGAAGGACAAGAAAGAGAAGAAGGACAAGAAGGACAAGAAGGACAAGAAGGACAAGAAAGAGAAAAAAGAAAAGAAGGAAAAGAAGGAAAAGAAAGACAAGAAGGACAAGAAGGACAAGCAGGAGGAGGCCGUCGCUGCGCCUGUCCCCACGGCUGCGUCCAAGGCUACGACGUCCAAAGAGGCUCGUGAGUUCCUGGAGAAGAACAGCAUUACGAUGGAAAUGCCCGAGGAGAGCACGGAGCGUCCGCCGUUGCCGAUGCUGUCCUUUGGCGAGCUCGACGGCAAGAUCGAUGCGAGCCUCAAGGAGCGCUUUGACGCCGAGGGUUUCAAGCAGCCUACGCUCAUCCAGUCGUGCUGCUGGCCUGUCCUGCUGCAAGGCAAAGACAUUGUCGGUAUCGCCGAGACGGGUUCCGGCAAGACGCUUGCGUUCGGUGUGCCGGCACUCCAGUACGUGAUUGAGAACCAGCCGAAGAAGAAGAAGAACACGAUCCAGGUGCUCGUCAUUGCGCCGACGCGCGAGCUUGCGAUUCAGACGCGCGACAACCUCGCGCGUGUGAGCGAGCCGCUGGGCUUUGGCACGUUCUGUGUCUAUGGUGGUGUGUCUAAGUCGGAGCAGCUGCGUGCGCUGGAGAACAACGCGCUGCCUGUGCGCAUUGUUGUCGGUACUCCGGGCCGUGUGCUCGAUCUUGCGCGCGAAGGCUCACUGGAUCUGAGCAACGUCAGCUACCUUACGCUCGACGAGGCCGACCGUAUGCUCGACAAGGGUUUCGAGCCGGAUAUCCGUGCGAUUAUCGGCAUGACCAAGUCGCACGACGAGGGGCGCCAUACCAACAUGUUCAGUGCGACGUGGCCGCCGGCUGUGCGCGGCCUCGCCGAGACGUUCAUGCGCUCGCCUGUGCGUGUGACGGUCGGCAGCGACGAGCUGAGUGCGAACCGCAAGGUGUCGCAGACGGUCGAGGUGCUGCAGGACGGUCGCGAGAAGGAGCGCCGCCUCAACACGUUCCUGCGCUCGGUCAACGCGCAAACGGCCAACGACAAGAUUCUCAUCUUUGCACUCUACAAGAAAGAGGCGCAGCGUGUGGAAGGUACGCUGAAGCGCUGGGGAUACCGUGUCUCGGGCAUCCACGGCGAUCUCAACCAGCACGAGCGUAUCGCGAGUCUCGAGGCGUUCAAGACAGGCGAGACGCCUCUGCUGGUUGCAACCGAUGUCGCGGCGCGUGGACUGGAUAUUCCGAACGUCGAGCACGUCGUCAACUACACCUUCCCUCUUACAAUUGAAGACUAUAUUCACCGCAUUGGGCGUACCGGCCGUGGCGGCAAGACGGGUAAGGCCCUCACUUUCUUUACCGACGAGGACAAGGCGCACGCGGGCGAGCUGAUUCGUGUCCUGAAGGACGCGGACCAGCCUGUGCCGGACGCGAUGGACAAGUUCCCAACGACCAUCAAGCGCAAGUCGCACUCGAGCUACGGUGAUCACUACAAGGAGCUCGUUCCCGGAAAGGCGAAGAAGAUCACCUUCGAUGAUGAUUAG